ACCAGUGAGUGUCAUACACAGGCACCGAGCUGCACUUGCAGAGUUACUAACUAAACCCAUCUCUCUGGGUCACCUCCUGUGUGGUAUUUCCAGCAAAAGGAAAACUCACCUGUCAUGCAACAAGCAUUUAUUGAACACCUACUAUAUGCCAGGGAGGUGGGCGUGGGGGCAAGAGUGCCCAGGAUUGAAGGGUUUGACUUUAAAGCCAAGCCCCCACCCCUGAAUGUCAUGCAAAUUACACACAAAAUAACCCUCAGUCAACCCACACAUGUGCCUCUGCCUGAGUGUGUCCAGUUGGGGUUACAGCCUUAGGGAGAGGGGCUGGGUGUCCUGAACAGGGCCUGGAAUAAAGCAGCCCAGCCCCUCGGAGAAACAGUCCUUGACCCAGGAAGUUCAGAGGAUCGGAUGGCUCACCAAGUGCCCACGUGAUCCCCAGCACAAGCUACCUUAAGAAGCUUGUUCACAGAAAGAAAAAAGUGACCCAGGGGACCAGAGUCAUCUGGAAGCAGUCAGUUUAAUUAAAAGCGUAUUGAUCAUUUGAGCAGGUCUCUGGAGGGCGGAACAAGAAGGAACGGCUCUUGCUAACAGAGACAGGCUUUCAAUUGGCACAAGGAGGCACCUCCUCCCAGGAUGACGACCGCCCCCAAAAGUACACCUGCUCAAGGGAGGGGGAUGUUGGUGGCCGCAGGGUCUCCCUCCUUUCCCUCUCUGAGAAAGGACAAGCCUAUCCCCAGGCCUGGGGCCAUCUUGCGGUGGGUUCCUGUGUUGCCUGCCAGCUCUGUUUGCAAGCCAUCCCUCGGGCUCACCAAGGCCACCAGCGCUGGUGAGAUGAGGCGGUGGGCAAGGCAGGAGGCUUCAAGUGGAACACCUUGUGGUGUCUUCUUUACCCCAAAGAUCAGUAAGGGGCAUCCUUAUUUCAAACCCAUCUUCUCCUCAGGCUAGUCAAAGUCAGUAUCCCCUGUGGCUGGCCCGCCCACUCUGUGCCUUGAGGUGGAGGCCCACAGGGUUGCAAAGGCAGCUUUAUUCCUGGGGGAUGAUGGAUGGGAGGGAGAGAGGCUAGGGUAAAUUUUGCUUCCUUGUCCGUAUGAAGGCUAAAAUGGACAGAGGGAGGAAUGGAAGCUAUAGGCUCAGCGAAUCCACAGACCCUGUCUGUGACCACAUCCAAGGGAGCUCCCACCUGAGGGCCCUCCUGCAAAGGGAGGCACAAGUCUGGUGGAGUGUCCAGGGGGUACAGGGCCGGCUGUCCUCAUGCUACCGGUGAGCUGCGGCUGCUGAGCAAGGCAAGGGCCUGGGAUCAGCCUGCUGCUGGGGGAGGGGGCUUCUCUGGUCACUCUAAACGCUGCCUGGAGGAGGUGGGCUGUUUCGGGUGUUAGAGGUGAGAGUGAAAUGUCUGGAGGGGAGCGAAGUGGAGGAGGCUGCUAACAUCCUUGGCGAAGGUUCAAGGCCUGUCUGGAGGGAGCAGGAGGUGUGCAGUGUACCCUCAGCAGGACAGGUGUGGCCAUUCGUCAUCUCCCUCCCUCCCUGCAUUGGGCCCCUUGAAGACAUGAUUUUAACUUAUCAACACCAUCGCUCACAGAUCAGAGGGGCUGCUCGGUCACCCACCACCACCAAGGGGCUGGGGAUUCUUAAACCUGGAAGGCUGGAAAUUCCUACUAACCUGCAGGUGCCCCGAAGCUCACCCGGCCCUGGGGAAGCAUGGGAGCCAUGGCACUGGACUUAAGGCGCCACAGUUUCAAGCUGCCUGAAGUUACAGGAAGUCAGAGGCCAACCGACACCAGCUGGUCUCUCAGUCCUGCUUCUGGUUGGUGGGCAGGCCCAGCCUCCGCUUAGGGUGUGCAGAUACCGGAGGGGAGGCACCCAUCCACCUGUUGUUCCCCAGACUAGGUCCCCUUCAGGGAACAAGCAGGGCUGGGAGCGGGGCACCCAGGAGAGGGACUCCCUGGGUUUCAGGUGGAGAGCACCUGGGGAGCUUUUGAGAAAUACUGAUGAUUAGGCCCCAUGCCUGGAGAGUCAGACACAGCCGGUCAGGUUGGCACGUACAGUCAGCGUGGGGGACCACUGGCAGCAUCUCGGCUGUUAGCAGCAUUGUUUAUAAAUUGGCAAGUUGAGGACCAAGUUCAGCCUCAGACGUACUGUCCUGGUCCACAUGGUCAUUUCCACAGCUUGAAUUAGUUGCACCUGGUAAGAUCCAGGAGCUUACACUAUAGAAGACCACACACUCUCCUGUAGCUUAUUCUGCAAAAUCAGAAGAUCCUGAAGGCAGACCUGGGUCCCCUUAGGCACUCAGGUCAUCCUCUGUCCAUUUUCCUUUUCAGCCCGUUUGAUUCUCAGAGUAGUCCUGUGAGCUGGACAGGUCGCACUAUUAUCCCCAUUUUAUACAUGAGGAAACUAAGGCUCAGAGUCUCGGAGCCUUGCUCAGGGUCAGUCACCUGGCUGGUUGAGAAUAAAGCUGGCCCCAGUAUGGCACUCACCCAAUCUGGGACCCCAGCUUUGAGCUUUAGAUGACUCAGUUACCUCUCUGGGCCUCAGUUUCCUCAGAUGUAAACCAAGGUGGUUGAACCAGCUGGUUUGCAGGGGCUUUUCCAGCUCUGACAUUUCACAGACCCUCCUGGGAACCCUGCCCAGGUCGACAGAGCUUCUUGCUUCAUGGAUGUCAGCAACAGUUGUCUCUUAUCUGAAAUCUGAGAGGAAUGUCUGUUUCCCGACGAAUCACCCGCCGGGAAUCACCUAGCCUCUCACUGUGCACAGUGGUCUGGGGGCCGCCCUGCUGGCAACACUGGCAUCACAGGGGAGCUUGUGAGAAAUGCAGACUCUGAGGCUCCACCCCCACGUGCUGAAUCAGAAUGUGCAAUUUAGCAAUAUUCCCCAGGUAAUUUGCACAUUAGGGUUUGAGAAACCCUGGUCUAAGGGAAAUAGUAACCGACUGGUUUUUCCCUGGAAUAUUCAGACACCCUGUAAGAAACAGGCCAUCAGAAACCUUCUUUCAGGAACAAAUCAUAAGAGUUUGGUAAAGUCCUUUGCUGGGUAUAUCAGCAUAUCAAAAUCAACAAUUUCCAUAUAGUCCAGCGAACAAUUAGAAAAUAUAAUGAAAAAUAUUUCAUUCACAAAAGCAACAAAAACUGUAAUACGCCUUAGAAUUAAUCUAACUAGAAACAUAUGAAUUAUAUAUGGAGAAAACAAUAACACUUUUCUAAAUGUCACAAAGAAGAUCUGAAUGGAACAAUAUCCCACAUACCUGGAAGGUAAGAUUCAAUACUGUCAUUUCCCAUAAUUCUCCCCCAAAUAAAUUGAUAAGUUCAAUACAAUACCCAUCUGAAUCCUAACAGUUUUUAAAAGUUCUAUGGACAAGAAAAAUGGGGGGGAGGUGUGUGGAGGGACAUGUGCCUACUACAUAUCAAUAUGUGCUGUGGAACUACAGUAAUUUAAACGGCGUAACAUUGCAUGAGAAGAUAAGCAAGUUAGAGUCCAGAGACCCAGAUAUAUACGGGAAUUAACAAUAUGAGAAAAGUAGCAAUUCAAAGCACUAGGAAAUGAUAGCCUAUUGGCAAGGUUGUAGCUCUACAUCAUCGCACACCCAAAAAUUAAAUUCCAAAUAAAUAUCUAAUUGUAUAAAUAAAGCUAAGAAUUCUAGAAAAAACAGAGGAGAAUAUUUCUCCAUUCUUGGGGUGACAUGAAACCCAGUAUCCUGAAAGGAAAGGAUUGACAAAUUUGGCUACAUUAAAAUUUAAAAGUUCUUAUGAUGAAAGGCAUCUUAGAGGUUAAAAAGAUACAGACUAUGAUAGACGAUUUGCAACACAUAGCACUCCUUAUGUAUCAAGAGCGGCAGUGGCAGCUGCCGUGAGGAAGAGUGAAGGGUCCAACUUUCCUCCUGGCCUGAGAGGUUUUGGGCUCAGAGAGUCACAAUGUCAGAGAAAACGCAGCCAGUAGACUUAGGUCUCCUGAAGGAGGACGAGUUCCCUGCGGAAGACAAGGCUGGUUUAGAUGAAGAUGCACAUGUCUGGGAGGAUAAUUAGGAUGAUAACAAUGUACAGGAUGACUUCCAGUUAUGAGCCGAACUAGAGAAACAUGGUUAUAAGAUGGAGACCUCAUGGCAUCCAGAAGAAGUGUUGAAGCAACGUACGCGUGGACUAUUGACUGAAUUCUAGGACAGAGAACCCAGCGUGGGACGUUUUAAAAAAAUGUUUAUUUCAUUACCUGCUUGGAUUUAUUUUUGUUCUUGUAACACAAAAAUAAA